CCCCGCCGCUCCGCCCGCGCCCGUCGCUAGAGGAAGUGACGUCACUUCCGGCUCCCGCCGCCUGCCGGGAGCGAGGCGGAGCGGCGCGGCGCCGCCAUGUCGACGUCGCUGGGCUCCAACACUUACAACCGGCAGAACUGGGAGGAUGCGGACUUCCCUAUUUUGUGCCAGACGUGUCUGGGAGAAAACCCGUACAUUCGCAUGACCAAAGAGAAAUAUGGAAAAGAAUGCAAGAUUUGUGCCAGGCCUUUCACAGUGUUUCGCUGGUGUCCUGGUGUUCGCAUGCGUUUCAAGAAAACUGAAGUGUGCCAGACCUGCAGCAAGUUGAAGAAUGUCUGUCAAACCUGUCUGCUUGACCUGGAAUAUGGUUUGCCUAUUCAAGUCCGGGAUGCAGGACUGUCCCUUAAGGAUGAAAUGCCUAAAUCUGAUGUCAAUAAAGAGUACUACACCCAGAACAUGGAACGAGAGAUAGCCAACUCUGAUGGCACUAGACCAGUUGGUGCACUAGGAAAAGCUACUUCUACCAGCGACAUGCUGCUGAAGCUGGCUCGGACCACUCCUUACUAUAAACGUAACCGUCCUCACAUCUGUUCCUUCUGGGUAAAAGGGGAAUGCAAGAGAGGAGAAGAAUGUCCUUACAGGCAUGAGAAACCUACAGAUCCAGACGAUCCUCUGGCUGAUCAGAAUAUCAAAGAUCGUUACUAUGGAAUUAACGAUCCUGUAGCUGAUAAACUUCUGAAACGAGCAUCAACCAUGCCUCGACUGGACCCUCCUGAUGACAAGACUAUUACUACGCUGUAUGUUGGAGGGCUUGGAGAUACUAUCACUGAAUCAGAUCUCAGAAAUCACUUCUACCAGUUUGGGGAGAUUCGGACAAUAACAGUGGUGCAGAGGCAGCAAUGUGCUUUCAUCCAGUUUGCCACCCGGCAAGCUGCAGAAGUGGCUGCUGAGAAAUCCUUCAACAAACUCAUUGUCAACGGUCGCAGGCUCAAUGUCAAAUGGGGAAGGUCCCAGGCAGCCAGAGGUAAAGAGAAGGACAAGGAAGGAACUACAGAAUCCGGGAUAAAGUUGGAGCCAGUUCCAGGACUUCCUGGGGCCCUCCCACCUCCUCCAGCUGCAGAAGAGGAGGCUUCUGCAAAUUACUUCAAUCUACCUCCAAGUGGCCCUCCAGCCGUGGUUAACAUCGCCUUGCCGCCGCCUCCUGGCAUUGCUCCACCACCACCUCCAGGUUUUGGACCACACAUGUUCCACGCCAUGGGGCCACCUCCUCCCUUCAUGAGAGCCCCAGGCCCCAUUCACUACCCGUCUCAAGAUCCCCAGAGGAUGGGUGCCCACGCAGGAAAGCACAGCAGCCCCUAGCACGUCGUGCCACCCUUGUCAUUUAAGUAAAUGUUAUUUUCUAGUUAC